UGUCAUUUGUCAGCGAUGACACUUGACGGCGGUCGAAAUCAUGAUCACGGGCAUCCAAGAAUUUUGUUACGAAACGGUUUUGCCGUGGAAAUCUCCAGUUGCACUCGGCACAGGAUGCUGACUAUACAAUUCCUUCUUAAAUCGGGAAGGUGACUUCGUCCCUGUACAUGAAAUCAGAUCAGUACGAUGGAUUUCGUUGUCGGUGGCCUAGCAGGCGUUGGAGCCGGGUUUUUUAGCAAUCCAUUUGAUGUUGUUAAAACUCGAAUGCAAUUGCAAGGGGAACUCCGUGCGAAAGGUCAACAUGCGGUUUACUACAAGAACAUACCGCACGCUAUGGCAACCAUCGUAAAACAUGACGGUAUAUCUGCAUUGCAGAAAGGUUUAGUGCCCGCAUUGUGGUUUCAGCUUUUUGUUAAUGGUGUAAGGUUAGGAAUUUAUCAGCAAGCUGAUGACUAUGGACUAUUACGGGAUGAAGAUAACAAUACUAUAUUUGUGAACAGCUUCGUCUUUGGGUCCAUAGCUGGAAUGUGUGGCGGUCUGGUUGGAAGUCCAUUACAGCUGGUCAAGACCCAAUUAAUGUCAUAUUCCUCUGAGAAGAUUGCUGUAGGAACUCAGCAUGGGCAUCCUGGGACUAUAUUUGCUUUGACAAGGAUAUACAAACAAAAUGGUUUCCUCGGUCUAUGGAGAGGGGCACAUGGAAUGAUGAUGAGAAAUUCUAUUGGAUCUGCAUCACAAAUUGCAUCAUAUGCUGUUUUUAGAGAAUGGAUGGACAACAAUAAUUUUUUUCAACAAUUUAAGUACCUCUCUGCCUUUGUCGCGAGUAAUUUCGGUGCCAUCGUGAAAACAAUUGCGUUAACACCCAUGGAUGUCAUUAUGACGCGACUUUAUAACCAAGGUGUCGGUGAAAACGGCCGAGGAAUUCUCUACAACGGUAUAAUAGAUUGCGCACGUAAAAUAACCAAAACCGAAGGCCUACUUGCUUUCUACAAGGGAAUGGGUCCCUCAUACUUACGCCAGGCCCCCCACACUAUCCUUCUCUUAGUAUUCUGGGAUAUAUUAAAAGAUUUACAGAAGAAUUUAGCCUUAGAGUCAUAGUAUUAUAUAUGUUUUACGGUUUUAAAGACCUCAUUAUUGACAAUAAAAUAGCAUUAAAUAAAUCGUAUUCGAUGCCCACGUAAAGUAUUGAAGACCAACCAGACUUUUAAAUAGAAUUUCCAUUCUUAAAUAGUGUAACUUUCUUAGGUGUUUACAAAUUCGUGUGCCUGUUCUUGUGUUGCGUACGCUUACCUUGCGUUGUGUGCUAAGUAAAAAGAGGUGUUACUGAAAAGUAUUUACUCUAUUUCCUCAAUUAUUUCACAAAUAUUUUCGUGUUAUUUAAUUUAAUAUUAUUGUUCAAAAUAAUGGCAGACUACUAUAAGCAGUAUGAAAAUCUCAUCUCAUUUAUUACCUCUUAUCCUGUUUGAUUUAAAAUCAAAUAUGUUCGGUCAAUACAUUUACUUCAUUCAAUUUCAUAAAACAAUUUUAAUGUAAUGGCUAGCGGGAAAUCUCCUGAUUCAUAUUUCGAAUUCUACCUUUCGUUGUCUACCUUUUUUAAUUGCCAUAAGAAGUCAUUUUAAUGUAAAUGCUUGAUAUUUUUAUAAUAAACCGGAACGUCGUAUUUCAUUAUAAGUUUUAAGGCCAUUUACAUUAUCAAUAGUCAAUAUGAUAAUUUAAAAAACUUACCAUCGUGACUUGUUUUUCGUUUAGGUAAGCUCAUAGACAUUCUCAAGAUUUUAUUGUUAUAUACAAUGCUGCAAUGCAUUAAAAAAUUUAAAUGCAAACAUUUUAAUUGUUUCUGGAAUUGGAUCUUAUUAUUGUUUUUUUUUUAAAACGUGACAAUGAAAUACUUAAAAAAUAAUUUUGACUCGUUUUUUCGAUCAUAGAUUAACGAUAAAUUGUUUUUUUUUUAUGGAAGUUAAACCGAGACAUUUAUUUUUAACAGUAAAUGAUUCAUUUUUAGAACAUCGACAACAAGUGACUAAUAACGAUCUGAAUAACUAUUCUGUGAGAAAACUUCGAAACGUCACGUGAGUUUAUUUAGACGUUAUAAAAAGUAUUAUUUUUUUAUGAUCUGUGUAAUUAAUUCUACUUUUGAGAGUACCUUUAAUUGAAAUAUAUUUUACACGACAGUUAUAUACCUAUUAAUACCAGUACUUAACUUUCUUCGUUGAAGUGACAACCCGUAAAUAUCCUAUAACCUACUGAUUGCCAAUAAGGCAAAGGUCGUAUAUUGUGGGGACGGAUGAAAUUCACUAUAUACUUUUAAUAUAAAAAACUUUUAUAAGUGUAAUAAAUGGAAAUAGAAUUACACACAUAUAUAAUAAUAUAUUUGAAGUUGUGAUUCUUAUUAAAAUUCAGUGUUAUGUGUUUAAUUAUUAAUAAUUAAAUCAAUUUUAUAUAUGUUUUGCUAAACGUGUCGAGUUAAUCAUUACAAUUGUUGUUGAAUAAGUAAAAGGCAUUUGUAGUAGUAGAGUAUAUAUUUAGGAAAUGUUAUACCUAUUGUUUUUUUUACAUUAAAUCUUAAACCAAAGAAAAUAUUAUUUAGUAUAUAUUAUUAUGUUGGUAGUAUGUUAAUGGUUACUUAAAAAUACCUUACAAUUGGCUGUGUAAAUGGUUAAAUAGAUAUAUUAUUGAAAUAGUUCAAAUAUCAAUUACUCAGUGCAGUAUUUUAAACAGUGUUAUUUUCUUGUUAUAAGAUUUUGUUACUUAUUUAGAUAAGUUUAAAUAAAACAUUGUUGAAUUUUA